UCUGUCAUGUCAUUUGUGAGUUUAGUUCGAUUGGCCGUCAUUGGGAUUUACGACGAAUUUCGUCCUUUUGUGAUGAACUAGAACAUUCGCAAAAAUUGAUUUUUUGUUUACACAUACUCAAAACAGUAAAUAUGUAUUAAAUUCUAGAAGGUUGAAAAGAAGUACUGAUUGCAUCAAUCGCCCUAAAUCCCACAGAGAAUAGUUCACUCUAAUCACGUCGUAUGUACUGAAUAACAUUGGCCUCAAGAACUGUGAUGGAAACUUACUUCACCGCGACCUCUAGGCGGAAAGAAUCAGCUGAGGAGGGCUACAAAUGAUAUAUCCCGCGGCGAAACUUUUGUGAAUCACGGCGAAGAGGUAAGGUCAUCGUCGACAGACGGGUUUUAUGUGCGCGUGACGGUGACAUGAGCACAAACAACAAGCGGCGCGGAGCUAGCAGUUCCAGUUGUUCUGUCCCCGGGGUGCCCGCACUGGUGAACGCGCCGAACGCCAUGUCCGCCGACCUCGCCUCGCUGUUCGAGUGUCCCGUGUGCUUCGACUAUGUGUUGCCGCCGAUCCUGCAGUGCCAGAGCGGGCACCUGGUGUGCUCUAGCUGCCGCCCCAAGCUGUCCUGCUGCCCGACGUGCCGCGGCCCGCUCGGCAACAUACGCAACCUCGCCAUGGAGAAAGUCGCCAGCAAUGUUAUGUUCCCCUGUAAACACUCCAACACUGGCUGUACCGUAACUCUUGUGCACACCGAGAAGGCUGAGCAUGAAGAAGCUUGCGAGUUCAGGCCAUACUCUUGCCCCUGUCCUGGUGCCUCGUGCAAGUGGCAAGGAGGCCUCGACCAAGUGAUGCCACACCUGAUGAUGUCACAUAAAAGCAUAACUACCCUCCAGGGUGAGGAUAUUGUGUUCCUAGCGACCGACAUUAACCUUCCUGGAGCUGUAGAUUGGGUUAUGAUGCAGUCAUGUUUUAAUCACCACUUUAUGUUAGUACUUGAAAAACAAGAGAAGUUUGAUGGACAUCAACAAUUCUUUGCCAUUGUGCAACUUAUAGGAUCUCGAAAAGAAGCAGAAAACUUUGCUUAUAGACUUGAAUUGAAUGGGCACCGCAGAAGGCUCACUUGGGAAGCAAUGCCUCGCUCCAUUCAUGAAGGAGUUUCUUCAGCAAUCAUGAAUUCUGAUUGCCUUGUGUUUGACACAUCUCUUGCACAAUUGUUUGCGGAUAAUGGAAACCUCGGUAUUAAUGUCACAAUAUCUAUUGCCUAAUCAUUACCACAUUGUUAUUAUUUUUAGCACGGUAAAAUAACCUGAGCAGCUUUCAUUGGCUGUUGAUAAUAUUGUAAUUAUAUUCAUGUCAAUGGAGUUUUAGCCACAAUACUAUACUUACAUAUACAUAUUAUAGUAAAGACAAGUAAAUCCAUAUUUUUGUUACAGUUUGUGGUGUUUGAGAUGUAAUUUUGACUUGACAUGUUUUGUAUUGAAUUUAUGGAAUAAUCAACAUCAAAGUUAGCCAAAAAAUAAUGUUUUCUUUUUAUUCUCAUUACUUUGUAAAUGUGUGUUCAACUUUAGAUUUUAAGUAGCAGAAAGAUUUAAAUUCUCAGAGUGAAUAAUGAAAUAUUCACUUUAGAAUUGCCUUGUCAACAUAGUUAUAAAGCAAUUAUGACCUCUCGCAUGAGAAAGUGAUUAUUUUAUUCCAAACAUUGAACAAAUUUGUACUAACAUAUUAUUAUAAUAAUCAUUUGUAUAUAGGAACAUUAAUAAUUUAUGUUAGGAAUGAGUGAUGUUGCUUUGUGGAGUGCUAGCUUCAACUGAGUUUAUAAGGUCACAGGCUGAUGCCCAGGGCACUUAUCAGAUAUGCAAAACAUACCUUCAGAUAACUUGCAUGUUUAUCACCUAAAUCUAUUGUGUAGGUAGCAGCAUUGAGAUGCAUUUGCGCAACUGUCUGGCGCCCACUACUACUGCUAACACAGAUUUAAAGUCAACUUGGCAAAUGUGUGCACACUUUUUAACACCAUAUUUCUUAAGAGUGUGUUAAUAUUACCAUUUUGUACUUGCAUAUGUUUAAUACCAAGGAUAAUAAUAUGUUAAGUGUAAAGCAUGCAAAUAAAAUUGCACUUGACAAUUAUUUUGAUUAUAAAGUGAUAAACAAAGAAUAUAAAUUUUAUUGAAUAAGAUAUAAACUGUCUUGUAACAAGCAUUUAAGAAAUCAGUUUAUUCGAAAUCUGGGUAUUAUAUUUUAUAUCUUGAAGUUAAAUUCAUUUUCUGCCAGUACCUGACUGUCUUAUGAAGUAGGUGUAAACAAUAGUUAGGGCACUUGGGGUUGAAAUGUUUCACUAAACUAUUGAGAGACUCAUCACACCACUUUUUUUUUUUUCAUAUUCAUAAGUUGUAUUUAGUAUACCUUAUUCAGUACUCACAAUGGCGAGCAAAUAAAUAGCAGUUCCUUGAUAGUGUAAGUUUUUUGAGGUUUUGUCAAUAAAUGUGCAACUUGAAAAAGCUUAGAAAGAAGUAUUGGAUUUGUGACGUCAAAUUGCUAUGCCGAAUAAAGAUUACAUUCCAAACAUAGGAUGCUUUGGAAUACUCUUUGAGGACUUGCCAAGUGUCUGCAAAAGACCUCAGGAAAAGCUUAGAAAAUCGAUGGCUACUUAAUUGCUCUCCACUGUCGGGAGCUUUGCCUUAAGUUUUUUUUCUGAGAACAAUAGCUCAAGAUUACCAGAAAUACUUUGUUUUCUACGUCGUGACUGUUAUGGUUAAUGAAUAUUUUAGAAAACUGUAAUUCGUUAGUGUUAGCUUCAUUUAUUUAUAUACCAACCGUUACUUAACUGUGUAGUUUUAGUUGCCUCAUCUAUAUCAGUUCGCAUGUGUUGACGCUCAGCGACGUAGGCCGUAACUUUAUUAUUUAAAUCUCUUCUAUAUAUUAUUAAGAAUAAACUGAUAAAAGUUUUAUGAAAAAUUCUAGUUGAAAUAAAUUUUGUAUGUA